AUGGAUCAUCUAUUUCCUCCAGUACGCAACGAAUUUUUCUUGCAUUGCGUCCUGCUGUCCGACCUACAUUACGAAGAAGAGGAAAUCGAAAAAUUAAUGCAUGGGAUCUACGCAAAGUCGAAUUUCGGUCCUUGCGGUAACACACAUGGAUUAUUGUGCUGUGCCCAUGCAAGUGUCUGUAGGACAUUGGAAGCACUACAAGGAAUCUUCCGGAGUAGAUGCCGCGCAAUGGAAACAAGAGAUGACAGGCUGAGAAAAACACUCCCGGUAGAGUUAGAGCGGGAAGACGUGGCGGUACCGCUGAUAACUGCAACUGAAUCCGUACAUGGGAUAAAGAGGAUAGUGGAGAUCGACUUCCCGGUGCGUUUCUCUCACUACAGGAUAUCAUUCGCUGGAGUUACCCUUUCGGCCGGCAAGGUUGACUCUGCGGUUGUGCUAUUUUCUUUCGCACAUAAUCCAAGCCCUACGGGAAAAUACGAAGAAGAGGAAGGGAACAAGCGAAAGGCCCUCCAUCCACAGAGGGAUAUUGGGAAAACUUCUCUUCCACCUCGUUCACGUUGCUCAGGUUGCUGGCAUCUUGAUAGAGGCUUUUUGCCCGUAAAUUGUCCCAACUGA